UGUUGGUGUGAAAAAAGGAUUUAUACAAGCAAUAAUAAUUUUUUAUGUGAUCUGGUUCUGUUUUUGUAAAUGUAAACUUACAGUUAUUAAUUGUAUGCUUUUGUCAUCCCUUGCAUCACCAGUAACUACAAAUGGAUCAGUCUUGAACGUUUUGUCCCCUGAGAAUUGUGACAUUGAAAUUUUAGACAAUGGAAGGACCAUCAAUGAUUUCAUAGACAAUAAAAUACAAGAGCUUGGUUCAGAGGACAGUGAACAGCCAUUCUAUGUGGCAAAUCUAGAUGAUAUGGUUAAGAAGCACCUGAGAUGGCUCACUAACUUACCUCGAGUCAAGCCUUUCUAUGCACUGAAGUGCAACAGCUCACCAGCGGUUUUGAGGAUGAUGAUUGCUCUGGGCACAGGUUUUGACUGUGCUAGCAAGGGUGAGAUUCAGCUGGCCCUGUCCCUCGGAGUAUCACCGGAUAAAAUCAUUUAUGCACACACAACCAAACCACGGUCGCACAUCAAAUAUGCCCGUACUCAUGGAGUAAAUAUGAUGACUUUUGACAGUGAGGAUGAACUCGUAAAAAUUUCUUUCUGUCAUCCUACAGCCAAACUGCUACUCCGCAUCGCAGUGGAUGACACUGGCGCGGUGAUAAGACUAAGUUCAAAGUUUGGAGCCAGACUGUGGACAGUGGAUAAGCUGCUGGAGCGUGCUCGGGAGCUGGACCUGGAUGUCAUUGGGGUCAGCUUCCAUGUAGGCAGCGGGUGCACUGAAAGUUCGGCAUUCAAACAGGCCAUAGCAGAUGCCCGACAUGUUUUUGACAUAGCGAUUUCGUUGGGAUUCCAGAUGACUCUCUUGGACAAUGGAGGAGGUUUCACUGGGAGAAAUGACUUCAAAGUCACAUUUGAAGAGUUUUCAGAAGUCAUUAAUGGAGCACUGGAUGAAUACUUCCCCUCUGACAGUGAGGUGGAGAUCAUCGCCGAGCCAGGCCGAUACUAUGUGGAAUCAUCCUUCACACUGGCAGCAAACGUCAUUGCCAAAAGAGUCGUCGAUGAUACGGAACACAGUGAAAUUGUGGAAAACAGCCCUGACAGAACGAUGAUGUACUACCUUAAUGAUGGACUGUACGGUUCCCUGAGUCCCAUCAUCGAUGAACCCUCUUACUACAAGUUUGAACCAUACUGUCACAGG